GAUGGAAGGCCACUAUUGUCUGUCCAAAUUCAGUUCAUAUUCAGAGAAAACAAAUAGGUGACUUGCGUAGGAAUACUAUAGGAACUGCCACUCCUACUGGGACAGCUGUGUUUAUUUCUGAAUUUUUCCUUCUCUCUUGACCAAAAGUUAGCUUCUGGGCUUCUUUUGGCAGGAGGUUCCUCUCAGACCUUCUUACAUAAUGGGUCUUAGAGGCCAAUGAGCAGAUACAUUCGUAGGUCUAUGGUACAUCUAGAAUUCAGGACAAAGCCCCUAUCCCUUGGUCUCUAUGAAAUGCACUUGGUCCUGAGGCCCAUAUAGAGUUUCAGGUCCCCAGUGUGGGUAUCAACUCAGAUUCAUAUCUAGCAGUUUUGAGAAGGCUGGACAUUUCUUCAUUCCUGGUCCAUAGAUGGUUGACGAAUGGCCAGAAUUCUUUGGGAAAAGACUAGAGGACUUUACUGAGGACACUUGUGGGUGAAUUGCAGAGUUUUCUCUGGAGGAACCAGCGGCCCCUUUAGCCAAUGGGCUUUAGAUCUGGGAGCUAAAUGAGGGGCUGCAAUGUCCCAUCACUGUGGCUGAUUUUCUGAUUCUACAAAUCAGGCAACAGCCUAAGUAGCUUCCCAUCUAUUUGACCCCAGAAGGACUAUGACCUAUGUCAUAGACCCUGUCAUAGAUGAGGGUCAGGGUACCCCUGAUGGUCUCUCUUGCCUUCUUGUCCACUAUGGUAAUUCCACACACCUAGGUCUGAUGGUGAAGUGUGGUUCCUCCCAAUCUGGUAGUCCACAGUGCCCACUGGCAUUAGGAAGCCCGGUCUCACAGUGGCCUAUCCUGCCUUUGGCAUUGACCUGUCUCCAGAAGACAACCACCAUGCUAUUUUUGUGUCUAAAGAAAAACCUCACUAUUUAAAACAACAGAAAUUUCUUCACACAGUUUUAAAAUCUAGAGUCCAAAAUUGAGGGGCCAGCAGGGCCGUGCUCCCUCAGAAGGCUCUAGAGAAGCUCCUCAGCCUCUCCUGGUGCUGGUGGUGGAAGCUACCUUCAUGUUCCUUGGCCAUCGUAGCUAUGCCUGCCUCCACCUCCAGGUGGUGUCUUCCCUGAGUGCAGGUGUCUCUCUGCCUGUAUCUCCAAAUCUCCUUCUCCCCAUAAGGAUACCAGCCACUGGCUUUAGAACCCACCCCAACCCACCCGACCUCAGGUUGACUGGAUUUCCUCUGCAAAGACCAUAUUUCCAAAUAAGAAUGUGUUCGUAGGAAUAAGGCCAAGAGCUCAACAUAUAUUUUUGGAAGAAGCAAUUCUACCUACAAGACAGGCACCCUUUACAAGGCACUCCUUGUGUCCUGAAUGAAGAGAAUGUCCCCUGGGCCCUCCCGGGAGACAUAACCAGGUGUCACUUCUCAGGCAUUCUAACUUUGCUUUCCUGAGCACUCUGACUGUUCAGGAAGAGUACUGAAUAAGCUCAGGAUGUUCUAGCAUCUCCACUCCAUGCACUAUAUGCCAGCAGCUUCGAGGAGCCAUCUCAAAAAGCUGUUAAGACCAGCUCCUGGUGUCACUGACAUUGACAUGGGACCAGGGACUGGGCUGGAGAAUUUUCCUCUAUCCGGCCUCGUUUUCUGCAGCCUCUGCAGCUCAGCACCUCUGCCAUCCUGUGCCUACCCAGUACUCUCAGCAGAUCCUGCUACUCCUGUGCUGGGCCAGCUGUCUCUUCCCAACGCAGGACACUCCGCUCCCCUCUCAGGCUGUUCAGAGACCUGACUCUGGUGACCAGGUUGGCGGGUUGCACACAGCAAGUGCCCUUUGUGGAGUCCAUGCCCCAGGGGAGUGGUAAUCAACAUGCACAGCCUGUGCCUCCUGAGAACAUCUCCAAGAGAGGAGAGGCUGUUCCCAUCUGCCAGAGGGAAGGCCAGGAGGUUCAAGGUGCUCAGAUUCUGACCUGAUCUCAACAUAGUCUGCCCUGCAGUUGCAUGAGAUGGAGUCUCAAAACUUCCACAGCAUCUGUGGCAGGUGGAAUAUUUCCCUCCUCCCAGAAGCCCUCUCCUAAUCCCUGGAACCUGUGAAUAGGUAGGUUAUAUGGCAAAGGGAAAUAAAGGCCGUGAAUAGAAUUAAGGUGGCUAAUCAGUGCCCCUUAAAUAGAGAUAACCCUGGAUUAUCCAGGUGGGUCCGAUGUAAUCACAAAGGUCUUUGACAGCAGAGAGAGAGAGGUGGCCAAGGAGACUCAGAGGACACCACACAAGAUGGAUUCACUGCCCACUGCUGGCUUUGACCACUGAGGAAGGGACAUGAGUCAAGGGAUGUGGGAACCCUCUAGAAGCUGGAAAAGGCAAGAAACAGAUGCUCCCCCAGCUCCUGGGGCAUAGCACGACCGUGCCAGCACCUUGGUCUUAGCUAAGUGAGACCCAGUCAGAAUCUUGAUCCACAGAACCAACACUGCCAAUGUGGGUUAAUCUAACCCAUGCAGUGGGCAAUGGCUCACUACAGAAACAGGAAAGUAUCACACGGUGGCCUGAGAGCCGCUUCCUGCAGCCUGAUCAUUCUGUUUGGAAGAUCUCUACAGAGAUCAAGGAGCCACGCUACACCAUGUUUUUUUUAAUUAUCAUUAUCCCUAGCACCUUGGUACCUUGAACCCCCCAUGUUCAUGUUCCACCCGCCCCUCAUUUUGCAGGUGGAGCAGCAAAAAUUAUGGCAUCCCUGAAUGCUAGGCAUUAUCCCAUCCUACUUACUACUCACAGUGGGGACCCUAUUGCCGUCAGACACAUGGGAAAUGCAACUUCAAAAUUCCAUCCAAACCCACUUCUGCUUCAAUUACUAUACCCCGAGUCCCUUGGAAUCUCACGCCUCAAGGAGUGGUCUUCAGACCAUCGUAGGCAUCUCCAGAGAGCUAGUUAGCCACACAGGACUCUAAGCUCCACCCCAGGUACACUGAGCCCCCAGUUGCACAUUUGAGCAGGAGUCCUGGGUGACUCAUAUACACAUUAAGACUCGAGACCCACACAGCAGCAAAACACAACCCAAGGGUUACAGUCUAAUUUGGGGGGAUGGGGGAAUAUGCAUCCAGGCAGCAGGAGGGAGGGAAAGAGAGUGAGGCAGAGGGCGAUGGGAAUAGUUCAAGCUGAUGCAUCUCUCUGCCGGCCUCUGCUUCAUGGCAAGCUGUAAAGAGACAGCUGGUGGCUCAGCACAUGUGCCGCUCAUCCAUCCUUCACAUCCCUGGACACGGUACACAGUGAAUGUUCCAUCUCCUAAUUCUCAUAGGUCAAAGUAGGAAUUAAGUGAUUCCCUGCACUUCCAAGCUGCAUCCUUCAGCCCCGUGGACAGCACCUGGGAAGCCCAUCGCCUGGCAUUUACUCAAAUUGGGAUCAGCUGAGACUCAGGAACUUACAUGGAAUUUAAAUUGUCAAAAAGAAGAAUAAAAGCAGCAGGAGCAGAAAUGUGGACUGAACAGAAGGGGAAGGGAAAUUUAAAACCCCCAGAGGCUGCACGACAGCAUGGCAAGAGAGACAGCACCCCCAACGCCUGCCACCAGGCCCCACGGCCAGUGGAGGGGAAGUUUCUCCUCUGCAGGGUGAAGGGUGAGAGAGUCCCCGCAAACGCCAUCAGAGCAGACGCUGCCAGCCUAGCCACAGUCCUUGCUUUACAGCCUAAAGGGAGAACAAACCUGAAAUCUGCCCAGUAAUCCAAGUUUGGAAAAAAAAGGACUCCUUUCAUCUCCCUGAGAACCCCCAGGCUGCAUCUUGGGAAGGGACAUGCUGUCUGAAUUUGGACUGCUCUAGGGAUCAGGAACCCCUGCGUGUCCUGAUGGUCCUCUGUGCUGGCUCAGCAGGCGGCUGUCUCAGAAGCCAGACUUGUCUUGGUGGAGUGACUCUGACAAACCCGCGGAGAGUGCUACAUGAUGAGGAGCUGCCUCUGAGAUUCAGAGUGCUGGGGGCUGUCCACAAGAACCAGGGCAUGGGGAGCCUGGCCUCCGAGAUGUGUGUGGCUUCACGGGUGCCCUGUCUAUGGGCAGCUGCCUGCGUGGUUCCCACCACUCCUCUCCCAGACCCACACAUGGGUGCCUGACACUAACAAAGUGGCAAACACCCCAGAGGUGUGUUAGGACAGUUUUGAGCAAUGCCACCCGGGUUCUGGUUGUUGCCCCUCCCCUGGGCACAUAUGAAGGUCUGGAGAGAAACUUUGUGUGGUGCCAGCUGUGUUCUGCUCCCCCUCACUUCUGGGAACACCUCAGCUAAGAGGAAUCUUAUGCAGCUACAGCUUUGACUCACCCACACUCAAUCCCUGGUGGGCACGACAGAUACAAGAAUCAAGGGGAGAAGAGCCCCUGGCAUCCCCAGGUCAUGCUCGGAAGCACUGAGGAAACUGAGGCCACUGGUUACAAUAAAGUGUCAAGUGCGUAGGAGCCCCGGGGCCUGGCCUCUCCUGCCUCCUGUGUGAUCUGCAGCCAGGUUGCUUAUAGUUUGUCAUGGUGAUGAACAAGGUCAUGUUGGACAUCCCUCAGUCAAUUCUUUGCACUAAGUCUUUAAGGUGAGCUUUGGGAGUCGGGACCACUGGGCACAGGCUUUGGGGGUGUACUGGUGUGUGCCAAUGGGAGUGAGUGCUCUUUGAAAAUUCAUGUACCCAUGCAUAGCAAGCCAGGCCUCCUGGCAGAGAGACCCUAAACAAAAACUGCCCCUCUUGUAUUACUCUUCUGUGAGAGUACAAAGUUUGCCUUAAGCCUCACCUGCACCAGGACCCUCCAGGGAGGACCCUUCCUUCGCUGUUCAUGGUGGGACAGGAAACACCACCCCCCCAACACACACCCAGUUACUUGGAACCCAUCCUGAGGGCACCCAGACACUACAAACAAAAAUCACCCAGAGGUACUCACUCUGCCAUGUGUCCUGACACAGGUGCCCAGGAGAGCAGAGAGGGGCAAAUUCCUUGGGAAGCACACCUCUCCCACCUCAAAGAAAUACAGAAUCUAGAGGAAGUGGGCCGAAGAUGAGUGGGAAACAGGAAGCAGAGGCCGGAAAGCAGGAGGGAGGGAGUGGUAGCCCAGGAGGCUGGCUCCAACUUCCCCCAACCUUCUGAUCACAGAGCCACGUUUCAGCUGUUACUGGAAGCUCCUCAGGGCACAGCUACCCACCCUCAGAGAAGGGAGACCACCACCCACUCCUCACGCUGAGGGCCUGCUGGGGGAGGGAAGGGAGGCUGGGACAAACUCAGGUGGCUAACAGAGCCCAGAGAGGAGAGGAGCUGGCCCUGACUGAGCCACAGGGCAGCCGCCCAGGGUUGUGGCUCCUGCCUCUGGGGCCCUGAGGGAGGGCAAGGCAUGGGCAGUCAGGCACCCUCCAUGCCAGGGGCCUCUGUGCAGCAUCUUGAAAGAACUGCAGAUCAGAGGGUCAGACGUGGAGCUGGGGAGCCUGCUUUGCCCUGAAGCUGGAAAGAAACCUGAACUUGGAAGUUCUCUCAUUUCUCCCUAGAGGGCAAUUCCCACUCUCUCCUGCUUUUGAUGUUAUUUUUAAGCGCUCUGCUGCUCCUCGGGGUGAAUCCCUAGGCCAUGUCCACUGCAGCUCCUCUCUGCCUACCUGGGGAGGGGGGUGUUGAGCACUAACUCUGAGCAGGCUCCAGAAGCCAGGUGCCUCUCCACUCUCGGGGCAGCCUAUCCUGGCCACUCCAGCCGGUGUGUCUCCCCUUCCAAAGACCAAGACUCGUGGGUCUUCUGAUGGGGUCAGUCAUCCAACAGGGCAGGGGCUGUUGAUCAGAGAUGAGACCAGGAGAGAGAAGCCGAGGAAGACGGGCUGCACGGAGGUGAGACAGAGUGGAAGGAGCUAGAAGAACCAGAAACAGAGAGAGGAGGAGGAGGAGGAGGGGUGGCCUGUGGCUCCAGCAGCCCAGCCUAGGAAGAAAUCAAGUCCGGGGAGGGGGACGGAAGAGAGAGAUGAGACACAGAUAAGAGUGUGACAGACACCAGGGAUAAGAUGUAGAGGGGACAGGAGGCAAAGAGAGAAGGAACCCUGGAAGAAAGGGAAAGAAAGGAUCUGUCCAUUUCAAUGUCACUCUAAUAAGCUGUCCCGGUGUGUCCUUAGUGCCUGAGGCCAGGCUGGCCGGGAGCAGGGAGGCGGGCCUCAGGGACCUGCCGCAGGUGGCCGCCCCUGGGUGGGGCCGCCGAGCCCUGCGGGUAUAAGUCGGAGGCUGGGCCCCCGAGCACCUGGCAGGGGCAGCUCACCGGUGCGCGCAGGUGCCAGGCAGGUGGCUCCAGCUGAGCCCAGCCCCAGCAUGAGCUCCUUCGACCUCCCGGCGCCCUCCCCGCCCCGCUGCAGCCCCCAGUUCCCCAGCCUGGGCCAGGAGCCCCCCGAGAUGAACCUCUACUACGAGAACUUCUUCCACCCGCAGGGCGUGCCCAGCCCGCAGCGGCCCCCCUCCUUCGAGGGCGGCGGCGAGUACGGGGCCACCCCCAACCCCUACCUGUGGCUCAACGGGCCUGCCAUGACCCCGCCGCCCUACCUGCCGGGCGCCAACGCCAGCCCCUUCCUGCCCCAGGCCUACGGCAUGCAGCGCCAGCUGCUGCCCGGCAUGCCCGGGCUGGGGGGCAGCGACCUGGGCUGGCUGCCCAUCCCCUCGCAGGAGGAGCUCAUGAAGCUGGUGCGGCCCCCCUACUCCUACUCGGCGCUCAUCGCCAUGGCCAUCCACGGGGCGCCCGACAAGCGCCUCACCCUGAGCCAGAUCUACCAGUACGUGGCCGACAACUUCCCCUUCUACAACAAGAGCAAGGCCGGCUGGCAGAACUCCAUCCGCCACAACCUGUCGCUCAACGACUGCUUCAAGAAGGUGCCCCGAGACGAGGACGACCCAGGCAAAGGAAAUUACUGGACUCUGGACCCCAACUGUGAGAAGAUGUUUGACAAUGGAAAUUUCCGCAGGAAAAGGAAGAGAAAAUCCGAUGUCUCCUCUAGCACAGGCUCCUUGACCUCAGAGAAAACCGAGAACACUCUCCUGGCGGGCAGCCCCACAACCACAGAGCCUCAGGACAUUUUGGACAGAGCCUCACCGGGCACCACCAGCUCCCCAGGGAAGCAGUCCUCCCCUCCAUCCUCAGUCACCCCGUGCCUCAGCAGCUUCCUCUCCACCAUGACAGCCUGUGUGAGCAGCUCCAGCCCCAUGGGCCGCCCUGUGGCCACGCCAGCACUGAGCCCCGAGCCCACCGACAAGAUGGGGCAGAACUCACUGAGCUUCAACUCCUAUACCCCACUGACCAACCUUGGUGGCCACGGGGGCGGGGGCGAGUGGGCCAACCCCAUGCCCACCAACCCUCUGGGCUACGGCGGCUCAGUCCUCAACCAGUUCAGCCCUCACUUCUACAACAGCAUCAACUCCAACAGCACCCUCUACCCCAGGGAGGGCACCGAGGUCUAGGUCAGAACAGCUCCUGGGCCUCAUGGACAUGCCAGAGAGAAACGCAGCCGAAUCUUCCAGGCCAGCUCCCCUCCCCAUGACAUGACCCAAGACCUCUGAUCUGGAAGCCCAGAGGAAUGCAAUGUUCUUUCUAGAACGUUGUUCAAACCUUCUGUUUAUCACAAUUGCGUCUAUACACAGACUCACCAACUCUGCAAUGGGGCCACCAUUGCCUGGAUGACAGUAAUGAUGAUGGCCAUCUGUUGGGCAUAUUGUGUGCUGGGUGCAUGUUCUCGGAGAGUGAGGUCACACUAUUUACAGUCAUCCUGUGAGGUUCACAUGAACCUCUCCCAUUCAACAGAUGAGGAAACUGAGGCUCAAGGAAAUUAUUUUACAAGGUCAUACAAACUAGGAAAUGGCAGGGCAAGAAGU